AUGGCUGCGCGAGCACUGACCGCCGCCGGCCGCCGGGUGGCCGGCCAGACCAGGGCGACGCCUCUUCUCGCCUGGUGCAGGAACAGCGCCAGCAUGAACCACUCCUCGGCCACCGCGCGGCGGGAGGAGGAGCAGUACAAGGACGUGCGCGCCCCCGCUGCGACGGUGACGGGGGCACAGGUGGAGGCGGCGCUGAACCGCAAGAACGUCGAGGUGCUCCAGGGCGAGGAGCACGUCGCCACCAUCGGCGGCGCGCUUGACGGCGGCGAGGACGCGUCGUGGGUGCCCGACCAGGACACGGGCGUCUUCGGCCCCGCCCACGUCGAUACCCACGGCGGCGGCUCGGCUGCCGCUCCACCGCACCUGUUCGGAGGUGCCACGGAGGGGUCAGCGGCGUCUUGGGCCGACCAGGACACGGGCGCCUUCGUCCCCGCCGAUGCCGAUGCCGACGCCGACGCCCACGGCGGCGGCGCGCAUCCCGCCCCACCGCAGCACCUGUACGGAGGCGUGGGCGGGCCGGCGUCGGUGCUGGACCAGACGGUGUUCGUCCGGGAGGAGGAGAUGGAGGAUGUGGAGAGGCCCGCCGCCGUCUGA